AUGCCGAAGACUCGCCCUCUUUUACGGGAAGAGAUCACUUACUCUGCCGCCAGGAAAGAAGAAGUCAACAUCCUCCACCGGCUGAAAUAUUAUGACCAGCAACAUGAAUUCUUCGCUCGUAUCGCUGACAGUCGCUGCUGGAUCCAGGCUAUCGUUGCUUAUCAUUUAGGGUUGAGAUCACCAGAUGAGUGUAAAGUGGCUGACAUGGCAGACUGGCUUCAUGGCAGCUUCAAUGUGUGUGUUCCAGUGACUAUUGAUAACUGGAAGAACAGGCAGCAGACUGGCAAGCGCGUUCUCCUUCGACUGCCACUUCCCUAUCGCGUAGGAGAAUCCUUCCAUCCAGGAAAUGGAGACGAAAAAAUUCGUUGUGAGGCGGGGACAUAUGCCUGGCUGCAGGACAACUGUCCUGACGUUCCGAUCCCAAGGCUUUAUGGCUUUGCUUUGUCUACUGGUCAGACUUUGAGCAAUCGGCCCCUUUCACUUGAGAUUCAAGAUCUGGAAAAUGAGCGAAUACCAACUCAUAUUGCGCGAGACUAUACAUACUUCACCGUUGAAUCCUACGUUAUGGACAUUCUCGGUGCCCAUGAUAGUCGCCUUAUAAACCAACCAAAUGCCAUUAAUGACUCGGGAGACUAUAUGUACCAAGCAUCAGCUUUGACAGCCAUGCGGGCUAUUGUACCUUCAUUCUUUCGGCGAGAGUUCUGCCGCGGGCCGUUUGCGUUGUCUUUCACCGACCUUCAUCCAAGCAACAUUUUUGUCGAUGAAAACUGGCAUAUUACUGCUUUAGUUGACCUCGAAUGGGCAUGCGCUCGGCCAGUAGAGUUGAUAAGGACUCCUACUUGGCUCACGAACCAGGCUGUGGAUGAAAUUGCGGAGAUGCCAGACGAGUACGACAAGAUGCGUGCUGAAUUCGUAGAUAAUCUGAGGGCCGAAGAAGACCGCUCUGGAUUUACAGGCCUUGUCGGCAAUAACUCGGAGACAAGACUGUCGGCUAUCAUGAAGAAGGGCUGGGAAUCAGGGACAUUCUGGUAUUCACUUGCGCUUGCUAGCCCGACCGGUUUAUUCGCAGUUUUUUACAAGCAGAUCCAACCCAGAUUUCUCAGAUAUUGUCGGGGCGAUGACGGCUGUGAUACUUUUCACCAAGUCAUGCCAUGGUAUUGGUCACAGGAUUUCGUGAAAAUCGGCGCAAGAAAACUCUCGGAUAAAAAGGAAUAUGACAUUCGGCUCAGGGAAGAAUUUCAAGAAGAGUGA